GUGACAUUGAAAAAAUUCAAGGAUGCGCAGAGUACCUAUAAGUGAUGUUUUGUAAAAGUAGAAUAAAAGAUUUUGGAAUAUUGCAGCUGCAAGAGAUGAAAUAGUGGUGUUUUGAAACCUUCUCCCAACACAAAUCAUCCAGAUCCCAAAGAUCCUGCAAAGGUAUUUGUAAAAAUUUACCUAGAGCACAAUGAACACCUUCUAGGGAUGUCAGAAAACCAAUUCGAUAAAGGCUACUCUCUUGCGCUGAGGUGCUACAGUGGUAGAAUCAACGACAAGUACAAUAGCGUGACACAGGACAGGGGAGAUGUGUAUUGCCCCCCGUAUUACCCGAUGCCAGCAUCCUGCGGAGAGCGAAAGUCGACUGUGCGGCUACUGUGCCGAGGGAAUGAUAUUUGGAAAGAAAAGCCUCUGCGAUCUAAGGACCCUGUUUUUAUCCAGUCUUUCGAGUUCACGGGCACAAAAAUUGCAGAGGUCCGCGCUUGGAUCCAGGCACAACCUCCGGCCGUCCCUUAA